CUUCAUUUGCGCCCCCGCCCCUUCCCUCGUCGCAGGGGUUUAGGGUUUUCUUAUUGUCCCUUCUCUCUUCCUUUUCUUUCGUGCCUUCUGCACUUUCCGAUCGUCCAAAACCUAAAUCCAUUUCUGGAGUUCAAUCCGGAUGGAAAGCAACGGCGGAAGAGAGGGAAAAUGGAGAGCCGAGGAGGUCGUCGCAGGCAAUAGCAGAGCUCUGGAAGCCCUCAGGGAGCUCAUCAUCUACCCUUUCCUCUACUCCAAUGAAUCCCGGAAGCUCGGCCUCAAGUGGCCCAAAGGAUUGCUUCUUUUCGGGCCUCCAGGCACCGGAAAGACUAGCCUGGUUCAAGCUGUUGUUCGAGAGAGUGAUGCUCAUCUAACUAUGAUCAAUCCAUAUUCUGUUCAUAGAGCACAUGCUGGAGAAAGUGAGAAAUAUCUGAGGGAAGCAUUUUCUCAAGCAUAUUCCCAUGCAGCAUCAGGGAAGCCUUCUGUUAUUUUUGUUGAUGAAAUUGAUGCCAUUUGCCCCCACCGUGACACCAGGAGAGAACAGGAAUCUCGCAUAGUUGGUCAGCUUCUAACCUUGAUGGAUGGAAUCAAUACUUCAGCAAGGAAUCUCCCACGCAUUGUUGUGGUGGCAUCGACUAAUAGGGUGGAUGGGAUUGAUCCAGCAUUACGAAGGCCAGGGCGUUUUGAUUCUGAAAUUGAAGUUACAGUUCCUACCAUGGAUGAACGCUUGCAAAUUCUUGAGCUCCACACGAAGAACCUUCAUUUGGAUGGAAAUGUUGAUCUACAAGCUAUCGCUGCAUCCUGCAAUGGAUAUGUGGGUGCUGAUUUAGAAGCUUUAUGUCGGGAGGCUGCUAGGUUUGCUCAUCGUAGGAUGUUAAGUUGUGCUGGAGAUGGUGACUCACUUGUUUUAAGGAUGGAAGAUUGGGAAUGUGCAAGAGUUGAGGUUGGUCCAAGUAUGACAAGAGGUGUCACUAAAGAAGUUUCGAAGGUAUCAUGGGAUGAUAUUGGAGGAUUAAAAGAUUUAAAGAAAAAGCUCCAGCAGGCUGUUGAGUGGCCAAUUAAGCAUGCUGAUGCAUUUGCAAGACUAGGAAUAUCACCAGUACGAGGUGUUCUUUUACAUGGGCCACCAGGGUGCUCAAAGACUACCCUUGCUAAAGCUGCAGCUAAUGCUGCCCAAGCUUCUUUCUUUUCCUUGAGUGGUGCAGAACUGUAUUCAAAGUAUGUUGGUGAAGGAGAGGCCUUGUUACGAAGAACAUUUCAAAAGGCACGUCUUGCAGCACCAAGUGUUAUAUUUUUUGAUGAGGCAGAUGCAAUUGCUCCAAAACGGAGUGGCCAUGCUGGGAACUCAAGUGGCAACAUCACUGUUGGAGAAAGACUCCUGUCUACAUUAUUGACUGAAAUGGAUGGUUUAGAACUAGCCACAGGAAUUAUUGUUUUGGCUGCCACGAAUCGUCCCCAUGCAAUUGAUGCGGCUCUUAUGCGUCCAGGUCGCUUUGAUUUGGUGUUGUAUGUACCUCCCCCAGACGUAGAAGGCCGUUAUGAGAUACUGAAAAUUCAUACAAGGCAGAUGAAGUUGGGGGAAGAUGUUGAUCUUAGACAGAUCGCGCAAUGUACUGAUCUAUUUACCGGUGCAGAUCUAGAAGGCCUAUGCAGAGAGGCAGGCAUGGUAGCUCUUAGGGAAGAUUUAUCAGCUGCUUCUGUAUAUAAUCGUCAUUUUCAGACUGCUAGAAAUUCGCUGAGACCCUCACUGACUAAAUCAAUAAUUGAGGAGUACUCCACCACAAGGUUUCGCCGCUGAGACGUAAGUCUCCAAUCUGUAUAAAUCUUUUUAUGUCUGUGCAUACUUGGGGUGCAGCUUCAAGAAAAAGCAAGCUGUAGUUAUGUGUGGAUUCACCCUUUUGUUUACAGUGAGUCGUGUACUUGACAACACCUUCAGCCAUGUGAAAUACAUUCUGGUAUUGAAGGGAUUCUUUGGAGUUGAUAUCACUAUUUUUGACGGCAGUGAUGCUUAAUUAACUUAACAGUCGUGGAAAGGGGUGGAUUGUUUAUUUGUAAGAAACAAUAGGAAUUUUGAUUUGCUGACUGCCUGGAAUUGAUUAUCUAGAAUCUAUGAAAAGUAUUUCAGUUCUGAUGUUAUCAUUGUAAGCAUUGGCAUCAUACUUGGGUGCACAUUAUAUUUGAAGCGAAAUUUUGUUCA